AUGACUAACACCAAUUUCAGUGUUCUUAACAAAAAUGAGUCCCUUAAUAGUGCUUAUUCAACCAAGCGCUGGUCCGGCGAAUAUCCGUUCUCCACUUCACGUACAUUUUCAUCUCACCGUCCUAGUCAACUGAAAAUUGGGUUGGCGUCAACGAACGGUACUUAUGAGCCCCGAUCCACUGGGUCUUCUUUGCGUCCCGCCGCGGAUGGCAAGUCACCUAGCCUAACAGAUGAUACCAAACAGGUUUCUCCUGUUGUUCCCCGACCGGAAGUGGUGCUUUCGAAGUCCCCGACAUUGGCAACACAAGAACAAUCAGAUAGUGAUUUGGGUGAGCAGUCGUCUGCCACUUCGGUCAAUUUGCGUCGAUCUUCAUCCGGUCGUUCACGACUGUCCGGAUUUUCUUUUUCACGUUUUCGCCGCACACCCUCUUCAGCGGCUGUGAAACGUGCGCAAAGCUUUGAUCAACCAUCUACCUCUCCAAGUCCCGCGUCCGCUGUCGUCAGCCUAAUGGAUGCAGUACGUCCCAAUCGCAUAUCGAUUGAGUGUGCAACGGAGCGUGAUGAGGCCGUCCCGACAACGACAACAACUACUACAGAAAAACAAAAUGAUUCGCAAUCGAUAACACUGCCCUUGUCAUUCUCGACCAAGCCCGGUCAAAAUAUGUCAGAGAAUAUUUCGAGACUGGGCACGCUUCAGUCAACUCAAUAA